GAUGAUGAUGAUGAUGGUGGAGGAAUUGUUUAUUUUGUUAAUUCCGAAUUAAAAUUUCCUGACAUUGUUUUCAAGGUGCUUGUGUGGACGAAUGAAAUAAAAAAAAAACAUAUAUACACACUCAUACAGCAAGGAGAGUGAAUAACAUAUUUCUUUGCAAGACAAAUAAAACCACCAAGUAAUAUAUUUGUCGUUCAACAUUUUUGGCGGCAGUGUUGUUUUUUUUUUAUUCAAAAAAAAAAGAGAUAACUUGACGUUGAGAAUUGAUAAAAUCAAACACGACAUAUCCUGGAAUGUAGAGAGAAGGGGCAGACUAGCUGAAAUGCGUACAUUGAGAAGAACAAAACAUAUCCAGUGAGAAGCAAAUACACACAACAGAGCUGCAAGAACGUCGAUCAAAUACAUAUCAGUUUUUUAUGAAUUAAAAACACCGAAACGAAACAAACAAACAACAAAAACAACAACAAAUUAAAUCGUUGAUAUCCAUAUUUUUGAAAUCUAGUCUUAACAUUAAGCAUCCUAGUCUUUUGAAAUUUUUUUUUUUUUUUGGACGAAAAGGAUUACUCUUAAAACAUAUCACACUCAUAAGCUAAAUAAUAAUAAUAAAGGAUACAUAAAAAACAAUAACAACCCCCGAAAAGGAAAGAGAUCGUAGUCAUGAUAUCACGACUGGUGCCGUUAUUUUCGUUUACAUUUUGUGUAACACAAUUAUUUACACCUGCACAUGGAAUUAUCGAUCGACUGGUCGUUCAAACAAGCUCUGGACCGAUUCGCGGUCGCUCAGUGAAAGUGGAAGGUCAUGAAGUACAUGUUUUUACCGGCGUUCCGUUUGCCAAGCCACCCAUUGAUGGACUACGAUUUAAGAAGCCCGUUCCGGUUGAACCGUGGCAUGGUGUAUUAGAUGCAAGCCGACUUCCACCAACGUGUGUUCAAGAAAGAUACGAAUAUUUCCCGGGUUUUGCGGGCGAAGAAAUGUGGAAUCCAAACACUAAUAUUUCGGAAGACUGUUUAUACUUGAAUAUUUGGGUUCCAGUCAAACCAAAACUCAGACACGGGAGAAAUGCAAAUGGAGCGUCUGGCCAUAAUAACGGCGAACACGAGCACACCACACACGGAAACGAUGAAACACAAACAAAACAAAAUGGUCUGGCGAUGUUGGUUUGGAUUUAUGGUGGCGGUUUUAUGAGCGGCUCAUCCACUCUCGACAUUUAUAAUGCAGAAAUACUGGCGGCGGUUGGCAAUGUCAUCGUAGCAUCAAUGCAAUAUCGUAUCGGUGCAUUUGGUUUCUUGUACUUGGCACCGGAAUUGGGUGACUUAAAGGAUGAAGUACCAGGUAACGUUGGAAUGUGGGAUCAAACAAUGGCGAUACGUUGGUUAAAAGAUAAUGCAAAAGCAUUCGGCGGUGAUCCCGAUUCGAUCACAUUAUUUGGUGAGUCUGCCGGAGGUAGUGCAGUUAAUCUUCAUCUGUUGUCACCAGCCACUAGUAAACUUGCUCGUCGUGGUAUUAUACAAUCGGGUACAUUGAAUGCACCAUGGAGUCAUAUGUCAGCGGAAAGAGCCGUUGAUAUUGGUCUCGCACUCAUCGACGAUUGUAAUUGUAAUUCAACAAUGUUAAAAGAAUCACCACAAGUCGUGCUUAAUUGCAUGCGAAGUGUUGAUGCAAAAACGAUAUCAGUGCAACAAUGGAAUUCAUAUUCCGGAAUUUUGGGCUUUCCAUCGGCACCAACUGUGGACGGUGAUUUUAUGCCAUCCGAUCCAAUGACCAUGCUUGAAGAGGCUGAUUUAAACGGCAUCGAUAUAUUAGUUGGAAGCAAUAAAGACGAAGGCACAUACUUUUUGCUAUAUGAUUUUAUCGACUACUUUGAAAAAGAUGCGCCAACCAAUCUGCCGCGAGCCAAAUUUCUUGAAAUCAUGAACACAAUAUUCAACAAACAUUCGGAGCCUGAGCGAGAAACCAUCAUAUUUCAGUACACCAAUUGGGAGAAUAUAAAUGAUGGCUUUCAAAACCAAUAUCAAGUGGGUCAAGCGGUCGGCGAUCAUUUUUUCAUAUGUCCAACCAACGAGUAUGCGGCCGGUAUGACUGCGCGGGGAGCAUCUGUACUUUACUACUACUUUACACAUCGUACCAGCACAUCGCUUUGGGGUGAAUGGAUGGGUGUUUUACACGCUGAUGAAAUUGAAUACAUAUUUGGUCAACCAUUGAACAAUUCAUUGCAGUACAGAGAUCGAGAGCGUGAACUUAGUCGUCGAAUGGUGCAAGCUGUUAGUGAAUUUGCACGAACUGGAAAUCCAUCAUUGGAAGAUGAAGAAUGGCCUGAAUAUAGCAAGGAAAAUCCAAUUUAUCGAAUUUUCAAUGCCGAAGGCGAUGGAAAACAUCAAAAAGAGCAUUUCGGCAAAGGACCAAUGGCCUCAGCCUGUGCAUUUUGGAACACAUACCUACCACGACUGUCAACAUGGACAGAUUCAAAUAGUUUACCGUGUUCGGAUCCAGUUCAAAGUAGUACAGCAGCAACGCCUACAAAAAUCUCCAAACUUAGUUUAUCUAUUGGCCUUAGCAUGAUUUUAAUGAAAUUAAUUCAAAAUCAUCUCACAGGAAUAUAAAAGGAAUGAGCGCCGCCAAUAAUUUGAUGAAAGAAAAUACCUAACAAAGAAAAAACCAAACAAAUGAUGUGAAUCUAUCGUUCAAUAGAUGAACGAAAUCGAAUUGAUGAACAAAAAAAAGCAGUGAAAUAAAACCAGUAGCUGUUACCCUUCAGAGUAAAAUUAGAAGUGUAAAAAAAGUUUAAGAUAUGAAAAAAAAUCUAUCCAGCAACUGGCAACGCUCCACAUAUACGACAAGCUUAUUGUCGUUUAUAUGUAAGUCUCGGAGUAAUUUGUGAUAUAUAUACAUUCAAUAGCUCCAGAAUUCACUAUUGAAUGAUUUGGACGAUGAACAACCACAAAAAAUAACCAUUUUUCCACUCAGUUUUGAUGAUUUAAUUUUACCAAAACAAAAAUGGAUAGAGAUUCGAUUCACUCAAAUUAGAUUGAGGUUGCAUUUUCAAAAUGAAUAGGAAAAUACAUAAGAAGCAACAAAUGCCUCGGUUUUUUUUUUAAUUUUAAAAACCAAACAGUAAAU